UACUAAUAUGGCUCUUCCACGUAGAUUUCUCUCCGGCGACCACUCAUCGGUGAAUCCACCGUCGUCGGCAGUAACUCCGGAGUCUGAUUUUGUAGUCAUCCUAGCGGCGCUACUGUGCGCCGUGAUAUGUGUGGUAGGGCUUGUUAUGGUAGCUAGGUGCGCGUGGCUCCGGAGGAGCCGCGCCGGCGCAAACGGCGGCGCGAGCGGCCAGCCGUCGUCGAACAAAGGCUUGAAGAAGAAAGUGCUCCGAUCGCUGCCGAAGUUCACUUACGGCGGCGCCGCCGAGAAGGAAAUUCCGGCGGAUUGCGCCAUAUGCCUGACGGAGUACGAGCAAGGCGACGAGAUCCGAGUUUUGCCGCAGUGCCGCCACGGCUUCCAUGUGCAAUGCAUCGACACCUGGCUCGGCUCACACUCCUCCUGUCCGUCGUGCCGGCAGAUCCUCGUCGUCGCUCGCUGCCGGAAGUGCGGCUGCAAGGAGAUUCCGUCGGUCUCGCCCGCCGGAGCCGGGGAAGAAUCUCAAAUCGCCAGUAAUAUUCUACUUUAAUUGGAUAUAGUUCAAUUGUGGCCGUGAAAAGAUGUAAUCUGACAAUUCAGUUGUAUCCGAGGCUGGAGCAAACAAUUCCGGCAUGGCCACGCCAUGUGCGAGCUCCGGCUUGUCUAGUAACAGCUCCGCCGUUGGCAGCGGAGCUGCAGCCUUGAGGAUAGUUCCGGGUAUUCGGUUAGGGUUUGGCAGGGGAAGAAGAGAUGUCAAUCACCGUUCAAACUCUCUUUGAUUAGCCUUUCCGUAUAUAAGUUGGCACUGUACAUAUAUAGUAGUCAAAGUAUAAAAAUGAAUUGUCUUUGUACUUUUGUGUAAGAGAUCUAAAAAAAAUAAAAUAAUUAGGAUAAGACACGUUGUAAUAAAUAUCUUGAACGCUUUUAAUCACGUUGUCAGUUCUAUUCUAUUCAAUUUUCAAUCACGUUGUUAGUUCUAUUCUGUUCAAUUCACAUUGAUAUAUGUGAUGCUCAUUC